UAAAUAGUGCUUGCUGCUCUCGCGUUCUGUGUGAGGAGCGUUGAAUAGAAGACGUGAUGGAUGAAGAAUUAAAAUGCCCCGUUUGCGGUUCUCUUUUCAAGGAUCCUAUUCUUUUACCUUGCUCGCACAAUGUGUGUUUGGCGUGCGCCCGAAAUAUCAUUGUACAGACCCCAGAAGGCGAAACACCACCGCAUAACCGUGCCUCCAACUCGGACUACGAUUAUUUGGAUAUGGACAAAAUGAGCAUGUAUAGUGAAACGGACAGCGGUUAUGGAUCAUACACGCCGUGCCUCAAGUCUCCAAAUGGGGUGAGGGUGUUUCCUCCGACUCUGGUGCACCGCCACUGCUCCAUAACGUGUCCUCUCUGUCACCGUAGUGUCUCUCUGGAUGAGCGGGGGCUGAGGGGCUUUCCACGUAACCGGCUACUGGAGGCGAUCGUGUCUCGGUAUCAACAGAGCCGCUCUGCCAACGUGAAAUGUCAGCUAUGUGACCGCAACCCUGUCGAUGCCACUGUGAUGUGCGAGCAGUGUGACGUGUUUUACUGCACACCUUGCCAGCAGCGAUGCCACCCUUCCCGUGGACCGCUGGCCAAACAUCGAUUAGUGCCACCGACCCAAUCGCCAGUUGCAGGAGGACAGCAGAUGCCCACCGCCACCUUGCGCAAACAGGGAACAUGUGCAGACCAUGACACGGUGAACUUUAGCAUGUACUGCAUCAACUGCAAGACUCCAGUGUGCAUGAAGUGUCUGGAGGGUGGCAAGCAUGGGAGUCACGAUGUAAAACCUUUAGCGGCCAUGUGGAAACAGCACAAGUGUCAACUGUCCCAAGCUUUGAAUGGUGUGUCGGAUAAAGCCAAGGAUGCCAAGGAAUUUUUGGUGCAGUUGAAGAACAUGCUUCAGCAGAUACAGGAGAAUGGGGUGGAGUUCGAGGCCUGCCUGGUGGCUCAGUGUGACGCCCUUAUUGAGGCUCUGACGCGGCAGAAAGCCAAGCUCCUCACCAAGGUUACCAAAGAGAGGGAGUACAAGCUCAAGGUGGUGCGUGACCAGAUCACUCACUGCACUAUGAAGCUACGUCAGACUACAGGCAUGAUGGAGUACUGUCUGGAGGUGAUCAAAGAGAACGACCCCAGCGGCUUCCUGCAGAUCUCCGAUGCGCUGAUCAAACGUGUGACAUCGUCUCAGGACCAGUGGGUCAAAGGGGCUCUGGAGCCCAAGGUGGGCCCUGAGUUUGACCUGACCCUGAACACCGACCCCCUGCUUCAGACCAUAAUACAGCUGGACUUUGUCCAGAGCAAAGAUAUUCAGGAGACUCCAUUAUUGAAACAAAUGCAUGCAGGUGGACUGAAAGACACGGAGAGCUCAGGAGUGGAGUCUGCCACGGUGCCCUCGGCCCCCCUGCUGCAGCUGGAGAAGUGCUGCACCCGCAACAACAGUGCCACCCUGGCCUGGAGGGUCAGUGUGUCCCCUAGCAACCCCAUUGAAGGCUACGUCCUGGAGCUGGACGACGGCAACGGGGGUCAAUACAGGGAGGUGUAUGUAGGGAAGGAGACCGUGUGCACCGUGGACGGCCUCCACUUCAACAGUUCCUACAACGCCAGAGUCAAGGCCUACAACUCCACCGGGGUGGGGCCCUAUAGCAAAAAUGUGGUGCUGAAGACAUCUGACGUGGCCUGGUUCACCUUCGACCCCGCCUCGGCUCACAGGGACAUUGUGUUGACCAAUGAGAACCAGACGGUGAGCUGCAACAGCUAUGAUGACCGUGUGGUGCUGGGGACUGCCGCCUUCUCCAAGGGGGUACAUUACUGGGAGCUCAUGGUGGAUCGCUAUGACAACCACCCGGACCCAGCGUUCGGGGUGGCGAGGAUCAACACGAUGAAGGACAUGAUGCUGGGGAAGGAUGAUAAGGCCUGGGCCAUGUACGUGGACAACAACCGCAGCUGGUUCAUGCACAACAACUCCCACACCAACAGGGCCGAGGGGGGCAUCAGCAAGGGUGCCACUGUGGGCAUCCUGCUGGACCUGAACAAGCACACUAUAACGUUCUUUAUCAACAAACAGCAGCAUGGCCCCGUGGCCUUCGAGAACCUAGAGGGAGUCUUCAUGCCUGCAAUCAGCAUCAACAGGAAUGUCCAGGUUACCCUACUAACAGGAAUGGAGGUGCCAAAGAAUUUUAAGCAGCAGUAGCCUCCUAAGGUGUCCUGGCACAGUCCCACCAAUGUCAAAAUGUACUCCUCCUGCUCCAUCCCCAUCUGUUCUUGCUACUACAGCAUAUCGUAUGCUGUUUAAUGCCUACGAUCCAAUAUCACCCUUGGAGGGAGUCUUAUAUACGAGGGACUUUUGUAUAUAAAAUAUUCUGUUGUUUUUGUAAUUUUCCAAGUCCUAAUUGCAUCUCAAGCCGUACAAUCAGAUUCUGUGUUUACAGUCAAAAUGCCACAGGGUGCUUUAAUGAAGUGCAUCACUAGAACGAAAUCCCAUGAGGAUAGAGUCAUGAGAUGUCCUACAGUACCAUUCCUCUACUUCUCUUCUCUCAGGUUCCUUCAUAGAGACUUUCUAUACUCCAAUUUCUUUAUAGGAAAUCACUAGAUGGGUUAAAUGCGGAAGACACAUUUCAGUUGAAUGCAUUCAGUUGUACAACUGACUAUUUAUCCUCCUUUCCCUUCCCUUCUCAUUCAAAAGUUGAGAAUAAUAGAGCUUUUCUUAGACACAUUAUCAGUGAAAUACUGUCUUUGCAACUUUACAAAGCCUUUCCAUACCAGAAUUGGAAUAAAAUCAACUUGAAAUCUGCGCAAUUGAAAAUGACCUUUUAUACACUAUACAUUUAAUUUAAUGAAAUUGAAUUCACCCCAGCACAGAUCAUCAGAUCUGUGUAAAGGACUAAUCAGAGGACAAACGGUACCUACAAUUCUGUCACUAGAUGACAAAUCUUGGUUCAAAGUGACGCCAAACCACUGUGACAUUGAGAUGUAACAUAGCCAUGUAUAUUUUGUCAAACUAUUUAAAAUGCAAAUAUGUAUCUUUUUUCAAACGAUUUACUGUAUAUGCAUUGGGUUUUACUACAUUAUUGAAAUAUUUAUUAAGAGGGUGUAUGCUCAUGUGAAUAAACAAGUAUUGUUAAAGGUAUUGUAAAGCAGUUAGAAAUAUUGUAUUGACAGACCACUAGAGGGUCAAGAUAAUAUGUAAGGAAAUUGUAAAUAUGACUAAUGUGUCCUAAGCAUGCAUUCUAAGCAAACUAGUUUACUAAACUCCAUCUGUACAUAGUAAAACUAUUCCUAAAACAGUGAUAUGCAGAAGCCUUUCAAACUACCUAGUACAGUAAAAUAUAUUUGCCCCAUAGAGUUUGAAGUCAAAAUUACAGCAUCACUUUAAUUUCCUAAAAAAAUAAGUGUUUAAUCAUUUAUGUGACAAUUUAAUAUCUUAUGGGGCUCAAGCACAUAAGCACAGGCUUAUUAUCCCACAUUUACAUUUGACCAUGUCCUCAUAAAGUUCACAUACUGGUAUAUCAUUAAUCAUAAUUAGAUGCAGUUAGUUGUUUUGUAUCAUAUUCUGUAAUUCUAAUUUUUUGAACAUUUUAAUCUCUGACUGCUACUAAAAGUGUUGCUUCAAAGUGAUGUGCCCUUAAUCCAAAAUGGUAAUAGGUUUUUGGAUUAAGAAUAAAGCUAUUGUUAUUAGAAUAAAAAUUCUACUCUGAGUCUGUGUUGAAGCAUGGUGGUACACCCUUGGUGAAAAUGAUUUGUACUGUUCUUGUAUCCUCGCUUUGUAAAAACACCAAAUAUAGUCAUGCAUUGUUGAAUGGUCUUAGAAUCUAAUGUUGGGUUUAUUUAGCUGUGUUUAAUGUUCUCUGAACAGAGCCAAUGCCUUGUACAUUAAACAUGUUGAUAUGAUGUAGAGCAGACUGUCUGAUUACAGAACUACAGUAUGUCCAAAGCUAAAAUGUGGAGGUGACCAUUCCCAGGGUACAUAAAUUAUAUUGACUAAAGCCAUUUUGUAUAGACAAGCCAAUGCAUCAGGUUGCAGCAUGUACAGUUGAUUAUUGAGUGUCUCCAAGUGAAUGUUGUCAAUGAGAGAAUCAUCUGUUAUGAAGGUAUUCUUAUAAAACUCAAUAAGUGCUUGUGUUGGCAACUACAGUAUAGUGAAGUGUCAUGUACCCAAAAGGGAUGACUGCAGAGGCCUACAAACAAAAGUGGCUCCAUGUAGCCUCUCAACAAUCACCAUGGAAAUGGUGUUCACAAACACACUGCCGGUACAGACCAUAAUAUCAAAGGAAUCUUUGUAGUAAAUUCACAUAGUAGCUUAUCGUCUCUAAAUGUCAUGUUGUAGUGUUUGGCAUGCAUUUACCAGCCUGCUUCUGAAUGUGAACACCCCAUCCAAAAGAAAAUAGUGCUAGAAAGUCAUGACUGUCAGAUUACAAUUGGGUUUGAAUCCUACACUCUGCCUCAAGAGACUGACAGUAGACACAUUUAUUUCAUCUAUUUAUUUAUAAAUGUAUAAUACAUUUCAGAGGUUUAUUUUGCCCACGUUUACUGUUCCCACUCUCAGUAUGCCAUGUGGGGAAGGUUGUUGCUGUGUCUGGGGGACAUCUCUCUUCUAAACACAGGCAUGCAACUCAUGCCCUGGGGUCGUGGCUAGUGCCCUCUCACUGCCACACUACCAGAAAACUAGGCAGGGUGCACCACCAAACCUCAUAGGGAAUGUCAUCUGGUCCUUUAGGACACUGGCAUCAAUGUACAGUGUGUUCACAAAAAGCUGUGCUUUAUUUUAUAGAUUUCUGUUACGUAUGUUCUUUAGUUAUCAUACGAUGUAAACGUUUCGUACUUCUAAGUGGUUUGUAUAUGAAAUGAGUUGGCAUUGUUUUCAUAUUAUACAGUUUAAAAGAAGAAAAAUGCUGUCUUUCCUUUAUAUAAUGAAUAAACUGUGAUGGAAUAUGAAUGUGCUCUUCA